AUGUCCAGCAAAAUCCUGGCAUCCAUCCAAAGCACUCUGAGGGAGCUCAACAAAAACGUGCAGGAGCUGGGGGACAGAACCGCUCAGGUAGAACAGCGCAUGGAGGAGCAGGCAUCUGCACAUAAUGAAAUGGCAGACCAAGUGCAAAGCCUGCAGCAGCAAUUGGACCAGACACAAAGAAAAAUUAUGGAUUUGGAGGACAGAUCUCGGAGACAAAACAGGUUCUACCUGCAUACCUAA